UCCACCAAAAAAAAACUCAAAUGCAUAUUGCAAAGUCGUUAACUAAUCGUUAUUUAACAUUGUUUUUAAAUCGAGCUUCCAUAAAUUUAUCAUAUUUAUUCUUCAAUUCAAUUCGAAGGUGAAUGCCGCAUAUAAUAUUGUCGAUAGUUUCCCUUAGGGGAUGACGUGCGAAGAAGCGGCUACGGAGCCGCCUUCUCUGGACGCUGAUGGUUUAGAUGAAUGCUUGAAGGAACGAAAGUGGUGGUUUUUUUUAUUAUCAAGUAUAUUUACAUUUUUGGCUGGUCUGCUUGUUGUAUUACUUUGGCGGGCGUUUGCAUUUUUAUAUUGUAAAAAAACAGAGACUGAAUAUGCCCAAAAUGAUCCAAAACAAAAGGAGCAAAAAGCUGCUCGACAGGCGGGCAAACAAGAGUUUGAGGGAACCUUCAUGACUGAGGCGAAAGAUUGGGCUGGUGAACUUAUAUCAGGUCAAACAACUACCGGACGAAUUUUGGUUGUUUUAGUAUUCAUCCUCAGCAUAGCAUCACUUAUAAUAUAUUUUAUUGACGCUUCCAGGUAUGUGGAGGUGGAACGUUGUCAAACAUGGAGUGAUAACAUUACACAGCAGAUAGACCUUGCCUUCAAUAUAUUUUUUAUGGUAUAUUUUUUUAUAAGAUUUAUAGCGGCUAGUGACAAAUUCUGGUUUAUGCUGGAGAUGUAUUCAUUUGUAGAUUAUUUUACGAUACCCCCCUCGUUCGUAUCCAUUUAUUUAGAUCGAACAUGGAUUGGUUUCCGUUUUUUGCGGGCACUUCGCCUCAUGACCGUGCCUGAUAUUCUUCAGUACCUUAACAUACUAAAGACUUCUAGUUCCAUUCGCCUCGCGCAAUUAAUCUCUAUAUUCAUAUCAGUAUGGUUGACAGCCGCUGGUAUUAUUCAUUUGUUGGAAAAUUCAGGGGAUCCACUCGAGUUUGCUAAUCCACAACAAUUAUCAUAUUGGACUUGUGUUUAUUUUUUAAUUGUUACCAUGUCCACGGUGGGAUACGGUGAUGUUUAUUGUAAUACAAUUCUUGGCCGAACUUUUUUAGUUUUCUUCCUUUUGGUCGGAUUGGCGAUAUUCGCCAGUUGUAUUCCCGAGAUUAUUGACUUGAUCGGAACUAGACCGAAAUAUGGCGGCACCUUGAAGAAUGAAAGGGGUAGAAGGCAUAUUGUGGUCUGUGGACAUAUCACUUAUGAAUCAGUCUCGCAUUUUCUUAAGGAUUUUCUUCAUGAAGAUCGUGAAGACGUCGAUGUGGAAGUAGUCUUUCUGCACAGGAAACCACCUGAUCUCGAACUGGAAGGCUUGUUCAAACGACACUUUACAACGGUGGAAUUUUUCCAAGGGACUAUUAUGAAUCCAAUCGACCUACAGAGGGUCAAGGUCCAUGAAGCCGAUGCCUGUCUAGUUUUGGCAAAUAAAUAUUGUCAAGAUCCGGAUGCAGAAGAUGCCGCUAACAUUAUGAGAGUGAUUUCAAUCAAAAAUUAUAGUGAUGAUAUCCGUGUUAUUAUUCAACUUAUGCAAUAUCAUAAUAAGGCUUAUUUGUUAAACAUUCCAUCAUGGGAUUGGAAACAAGGAGAUGAUGUCAUUUGCCUGGCAGAACUGAAAUUGGGAUUUAUAGCGCAAUCGUGUCUAGCACCCGGGUUUUCUACAAUGAUGGCAAACCUGUUUGCUAUGCGCUCCUUUAAAACGUCACCCGAUACGCAGGCGUGGCAGAAUGACUAUUUACAAGGGACAGGAUGCGAGAUGUAUACAGAAACAUUAUCUCCCUCAUUCACAGGGAUGUCCUUCCCUCAGGCCAGCGAAUUAUGCUUCACAAAAUUAAAAUUGUUACUACUGGCAAUCGAAAUGAAAGGCGGUGAAGAAGGUAACGAUUCGAAAAUAUCAAUAAAUCCACGCGGAGCAAAAAUACAAGCGAACACACAAGGGUUUUUUAUUGCACAAUCAGCGGAUGAAGUUAAAAGAGCAUGGUUUUACUGUAAGGCGUGUCACGAUGAAAUCAAAGAUGAAACGCUGAUUAAAAAAUGCAAAUGCAAAAAUUAUGUCGGAAUGAUGAUGAUGCAGUCUGGCAUGGUGAAACAGGGACAAAACAAUUCCGCUUCCCAACGAUACCUUGAGGAUGACCAUCAAUUCCCUCCUACUUACACACCAGAGUUGACCAAGAAGGUGCAAGUGAGAGGUGACAUUACAAGGGAUCGAGAAGACAGUAACAUUCAUCGAAAUCACCGAAACAAUGCAAUUCCCUCCACAGGCCAUCUACAAUUAAAUUCAACAAAACAGGUGAAUAAAGUGAAACCGAAUGUGAAUCGAGAUGUUGUAUCGCCAGGAUAUAACUCAAGGCCACAGGAGCAAGAAGGCAGCACAUACGCGGGAUACCACCUUGCCUAUGAAGUCAAAAAACUCAUGCCUACAAGUCGUACUAGCGGUCCAAACACCAAUAACAAUGGUGUUGCACUGCCAAUUGGUCUAGCCGAUGAUCAGGCAAAAGAUUUUGAUUUUGAGAAGACUGAAAUGAAAUAUGACAGCACAGGCAUGUUUCAUUGGAGCCCUGCUAGAAAUUUAGAAGACUGUAUUUUAGAUCGAAAUCAAGCGGCAAUGACAGUUUUAAAUGGUCACGUUGUCGUUUGUUUAUUUGCGGAUCCUGAUUCACCGCUGAUAGGUUUACGUAAUCUUGUUAUGCCGCUACGGGCUAGUAACUUUCAUUAUCAUGAAUUAAAACAUGUAGUUAUCGUAGGUUCUGUAGAUUAUAUUCGAAGAGAAUGGAAAAUGUUACAAAAUUUACCAAAAAUAUCUGUUUUAAAUGGUUCGCCAUUAAGUAGAGCUGAUUUACGUGCUGUGAAUGUUAAUUUAUGUGACAUGUGUUGUAUAUUAUCUGCAAAAGUACCUAGCAACGAUGAUGCAACCUUAGCUGAUAAGGAAGCAAUUUUAGCAUCUUUAAAUAUCAAAGCAAUGACCUUCGAUGAUACGAUAGGCGUGCUAAGUCAAGGUGGAGCUGAACAAGAUAAUCUAUUACCUGCUGGCAGUCCUAUUGUGUUACAAAGACGAGGUUCUGUGUAUGGGGCAAAUGUGCCCAUGAUUACAGAAUUAGUGAAUGAUAGUAAUGUUCAAUUUUUGGACCAAGAUGAUGACGAUGAUCCAGAUACUGAAUUAUAUUUAACACAGCCUUUCGCUUGUGGUACAGCUUUUGCAGUUAGUGUCUUGGAUUCGCUUAUGUCAACGACGUAUUUUAAUCAAAAUGCUUUAACAUUAAUUCGAUCGUUAAUUACGGGAGGUGCAACACCAGAAUUAGAAUUAAUAUUGGCAGAAGGUGCUGGACUUCGAGGUGGAUACAGUACAUCAGAUAGUUUAUCAAAUCGAGAUCGAUGCCGUGUUGGACAAAUAUCAUUGUAUGACGGCCCGCUGGCACAAUUUGGUGAAGCUGGCAAAUAUGGUGAUUUAUUUGUGGCAGCAUUAAAGACGUAUGGUAUGCUGUGUAUUGGUUUGUACAGGUUUCGUGAUACAAGUUCCUCGUGUGAUGCAAGCAGUAAACGUUAUGUGAUUACAAAUCCACCAGAUGAUUUUUCAUUAUUACCAACUGAUCAGGUUUUCGUAUUAAUGCAAUUCGAUCCAGGAUUAGAGUAUAAACCCCCACGAAGUCGAACCGGUACUGGAGGACAAGGAAGCGGAACAGGCGGCGGUGGCACCAACAAGGAUGAUAACUCUUGACUGUUGUUGUGUAGCGCCCUCACUGAUGGACCUUACUCCUAUAUUUAGAUCCGAAUAUGUUUGGAUCUUAAUAUAAAUAAAUACCUUUGACCCAUCCACCAUUCCAA